GAUACGAGAGUCAGUGCGGCUGCGACACUAGCGGUGUAUAUUCGUGGCCGAUGACGUCGGACCCUUCUCUGUUGAACCGUACCCAUUUGCUUGGUUCCAAAGGUGGGAGGGGAACGGCAGCAGCGCCGUCCCCGCAUGCUUUCGUCCAUUCGCCCCAGGUACAUAUGGAUGUUGUUGUUGCCUUGAUGGCCCAAACCGUGUUUGUUUUUCAUUCAACGUCUCCCUCUAGUCGCUGGGCAUUUUUUCUCACCGCUUUGUAGGAAGCGGACUGUUUGUUGUUUGCCUUUUCUUACCUUGUCUCGUCUGGUGUGUUGCCUCGUGUUUCCGGCCGGGCAAGUUUGACGACGUCCUUUCAGGGAGAAACGUGUGUUUUGGUUCUCGAGCUGGUUGAUUGUUGAGCUCCCUUGUUGUCUGCUGCUAAAUCGUCGCUGAAAAAGAGACCGCACAGACGUUCCCACGCUUGUUUUUUUUAGGUUCGAGUUUAUGCCACCUUGGCUGGCGCGUUCGGCAGGCUCAUGUACAGCACAUGGUGUGGUGGGCAAUUAUUCCCAACUAGCACUCCACCUUUUGACGCAGUGAAUUGUCAUGUUUUGAGGACCUAAAUUCCUUGGAGAAAACGAAUUGUCAUGUUUUAGAAUUUUUUUCAUUUGGCGCAAGUCACCCGCGCGUAGAAAAUGCCGUCUUUCGUCGGUGUGCGAUCCCUCGCUCUUCUCCGCGCUACACACGCAUCCCGCUCCGUCCGACUGACAUUCACUCCCACCAGCGCCAGAUUAAGCUACGAGAAACCGACACUGCCUGGCCUUUUGUUUUCGUACUACCGUAGCAUGAGCUUCUGGUUGGGUGUUGUUUCGUGUGGGAACAGCAUUAUUAGUGUCCUCGCUGAUGAGCACCCUCUCCGUGGAGCAGCGAGAACGAGUGUUCUUUAUCCUUGCGAACCGGCGUGUAUUGCAGGAGCGGGUUUCUCGAACGUGUCACGCGUUUUAAGAGCGUUGGGUUGGAUGCGCCAGCCAAGGGAGGCCCCGCAGAGGCCACACCCGAAAACGCUCGAAGGAGGGACCCCUUGCGAAGCGGUUGUCGCCGGGGGUGGUUGGAGGGGAGACGUGUCACGAAGCGUUUG